AAUGAGAGAAAUUUCAUAGACAACACAAUGCAGGAGUUCAGAAUCUGGUCUGUUGAAGACUCUGAAAGUGGAACCUACACCUGCAGAGGACAUGGGAGAUACAAUCAGAGCUCAGAGAUUAGUGAUGAUGUUACACUGACUGUAUCAGUGAAACCCAAACCGACUGUGAGAGUGAAUCCUCAGAGCUCCGUCUACACUGGAGACACUGUCACUCUGAGCUGUGAGCUGCAGCAGGGGAUUGGAUGGGAGUUUUACUGGUAUAAAAAUAAUCAGUGGCUACGGACCAGUGAACAAGUGAACACACUUAAAGUGACAGUCGAUAAUGCAGGAGAAACAGAGUACCGGUGUCAAGCAUACAGGAGAAACUACCACAACUACUACACAGAGCUCAGUGAUCCUGUCAAGAUUACAGUGAGAGUAAAACCCAAACCAACUGUGAGAGUGAAUCCUCAGAGCUCCAUCUACACUGGAGACACCGUCACUCUGAGCUGUGAGCUGCAGCAGGAGACUGGAUGGGAGUUUUACUGGUACAAAAAUAAUAAGUGGUUACAGAAUCUGAACAAUGAACAAGUGAACACACUUAAUGUUACAGUCGAUAAUGCAGGAGAAACAGAGUACAAGUGUUGGGCACACAGGAUAAACAACUACAACUAUUACAUGACACAGUUCAGUGAUCCUGUCGAGAUUACAGUGAGAUGUAUGUCAUGA